CUGAGAUCGCUUCCUUUCUCUCCACGCGUGCGAGGUUAUCAUUGAGGGAGGGAGACAGAGAGAGAGAGAAGAUGAGGAGUGCAUUCCAUCUCCGCCUCCCUUCUCUUCUUCCCGUUCUUCUCCUGCUGCUGCUGUCUUCAUCUUUAAGCUAUAGGCCUCGAGGAGCUCUUGCGGCUCAGUUCGACGUGGGUGUGAUCUUAGAUCGAAAGACAUGGAUUGGGAAGAUAAGCAGGACCUGCAUGAUCAUGGCGGUCGAGGAUUUCUACAAAGCAAAUCCAGAUUACACCACCAGGUUGUCUCUCCACUGGAGAGACACAGACAACUCCUCCAUCAGUGCAGCAUCAGCAGCUCUUGACCUGCUGAAAAAUGUCCGAGUGCAAGCUAUCAUCGGGCCACAGACAUCAACACAAGCCAAGUUUGUAGCAAUACUUGGAGAUAAAGCUCAGGUGCCCAUCAUCUCCUUCUCUGCAACGAGUCCAACCACGUCUUCCUCUCAGAACCCAUACUUCAUCCGCACUGCGUGGAAUGAUUCCUCUCAAGCCCAAGCCAUUGCGUCCCUCGUCGAAGCCUUCGGCUGGAGGGAAGUCGUUCCCGUGUACGAAGACUCCGAAUACGGCGCCUCAAUUGUGCCUCAUCUCAUCGACGCCCUGCAAGAAGUCGGCGCUAAUGUCCCCAACAGGAGCAUGAUCCCUCUGUCGGCCACCACGGAUCGACGGCUUGUGCUUGCGGAGCUCCAGAAGCUGAACCAGAGCAGGACGAGGGUCUUCGUGGUCCACAUGUCGUACUCUCUGGCCUUCCGGCUCUUCUCCACCGCACAGGAAGCAGGAAUGAUGGGAGAGGGGUACGUGUGGAUCACCACCUACGGCCUAACCGACCUCGUCGAUCUCCAGGGUCCGGCCGCCGCCCGCAUCAUGCGCGGUGCGCUUGGCAUCAGGCCUUACGUUCGCAAUACCACGAAACUCCAGGGCUUCAAGGCGCGGUGGCGGCGGCGGUAUCACCAGGAGAGCGUGAACGACAACCUGACGGAGCCCACCGUCUAUGGGCUGUGGGCGUACGACACGGUGUGGUCGCUGGCCAUGGCCGCGGAAGCUGUUCGAGCUUCGUCGAGUUCUCCGUUUACCUGGUCCAACGUCACCAACAGCUCCACCGACCUGGGACGGCUCGGGUCAUCCCCCACCGGACCGACGCUGCGGGAGCUGAUACUGAACACGACGCUCGUCGACGGCAUGAGCGGCAGGUUCGAGAUUGUGGAGGACGGGCAGGUGCUGCAGUCGAGAGCGUUCGAGAUACUGAACGUGGCGGAUGACGGCUGGAGGAGGGUCGGCUUCUGGACUCCGACGCACGGAGCGUCCCGGCACAUGAACAAGGCGACCGCUCUUAGAGUCGUCGAAUGGCCCGGUGGCGGCACGAAACCGCCCAAGGGAUGGGAGUGGCCGACGGCCGGUAACAAGCUUAUCGUCGGCGUUCCAGUGAAGCCCGGUUUCCCGCAGUUUGUGACGGCGAACAACUCGGUCCCCGACGGAUACUGCAUCAAAGUAUUCGAAGCCGUCCUGAGUCAACUACCUUACCAUGUUCCCAUCCAAUACGAAAUAUAUAAAGACAACCAUGGAGAGAGCAAUGGAACAUACGAUGAUCUCGUCUACCAAGUCUUUCUUCAGAAAUAUGAUGCUGUGGUGGGUGAUGUGACGAUACGGGCGAACCGAUCGCUAUACGUGGAUUUCACUCUGCCCUUCACCGUGUCCGGCGUGUCCAUGGUCGUCCCCAUCAGGGACGACCGCCGGAAGGACGCGUGGACCUUCAUGAAUCCGUUGACGCCCAACCUCUGGUUCGCGAGCGGCGCCGCCUUCGUCUUCACCGGGUUGGUGGUCUGGUUUCUGGAGCACCGGACCAACGUCAACUUCAACCCCGGGCGGGCGUCGAACCAGAUUGGCACCGUCUUCUACUUCUCCUUCUCCACGCUCGUCUUCGCCCACCAGGAGAAGGUGCUGAGCAACCUGGCCCGGGUGGUGGUGGUCAUAUGGUUGUUCGUGGUGCUCAUACUGCAGUCGAGCUACACCGCCAGCUUGACCUCCAUGCUCACCGUGCAACAGCUUCAGCCCACCGUGAGCGACGUGGAUCAGCUCGUCAGGGACGGCAGCAAGGUCGGGUACUUGAAGGAUUCCUUCAUGCCGGGGCUUCUGAAGCGGCUCAAGUUUAACGAGUCGCAGCUGAUCCCCUACGAGUCGCCGCAGGAGUACCAUGAUGCCUUGCUCAAUGGAAGUGUUGCAGCCAUUGUGGAUGAGAUACCCUACCUCAAGGUCUUCCUCUCAAAGUACUGUGACAAGUUCACCAUGGUUGGGACCAUCGACAAGACCAGUGGACUUGGAUUUGCCUUCCCAAAAGGUUCACCAUUAGUUCCUGAUGUUUCCACGGCUAUUCUGAAUGUAAUUGAGACCAACAAAACGAAGGAUCUUGAGAACAUGUUGUAUGGGAACACAAGUUGUCCCGACAAAGAUCCUGACAUGACUUCAAGCAGACUUACAUUUAACAGCUUCUGGGGCUUGUUUCUCAUAAGCGGAGCAACUUCUUUCUCUGCCUUGAUUCUACAUCUAGUUUUCUUCCUCUAUGAGCAUAGGCAUGGUUUACAAGAUGGUCAAUGGCGCUCUAUACUUGGAUGGCUCGCGACGUUGGCCAAGCUCUAUAGUCAGACAGACUCUUGUGCUGAUGCACCAGAGAAGGCCAAACCUCAAGAUGGCACAGCAACUGGUGACAUUCCGGAUUCACCCUACCAAGACAGUGGGUGGCAAACCCCAUUGAGCAUUUCCAACCACGCAAAUGGAUAUCUCGGAUCUGAAGAUGACACAGGAACUCCACCCGAGGAGGAAGAGACCCCAGGGAGAGAGAUCUCUGAACAAACUCAAGGUUCUCCAUCAUUUGCUGAGAUGCUGAGGAGGUGAGACUCGUUGUCCUCUAAGGUGGCUGAGUGAUCUACUGGCUGAAAUCAAUACUGCAAGUAAUCUACUUGUCAAAAGUGCUAACAUUCAUCAACUACAAUCCUAUAGGCAAAGGAAAACAAAGAACAAACCAAUACGAUUCUUGUUCCUUUCAGUAAUUGUGUAUAAUCUAAGUGGCAACCUUCCAAAUUGUUUUAGUUGUUUCCAUAAUUCGUAGCAUAUAAUGGCCAUUAGUUCCAUCAAGUUUUUCGAGUUCUCCAAGCAAUAAAAUGCAUUAACAGACUCUGUUGAGCUAUUGUUCUA